CUAGUGUGUCAUAACACAAGAAGUAACAAGCAUCAGCCAUAUAAUCUGGAAAAGAGAGACACAUCAACGCCACAACACACAAGGCUGUUCUUUGCUGACCCUCAGCUGCUUACGAUAUAAUAGAGUAUCACCACUCUGCUCUUCGACGUUUGUUCCCUUGGGCAUAUAUAUAUUCGCGGCUUCAUCAUAGCCCUACGCUGAUUGCGGUGCCCCCCCACCGCCGCUUCCUCUGCAGAUCGGUCUUCCUACGGCCCUCGAACACACCCAUUGGAGGGAAGGAAACCCUUCCCAGCUUGUGGCUUGUGCCUAUAUCCAUAAAGUAACCAUUCGCAAGAGGACCCCUACACUAUAGGCUCUCGAUUGCACGAUCAUCAUUUGGACUAAUCUCGAUUACUUCCUUUUCCGACCAAACCACAGCCAGACGCGAAACAUACUCUGCGUAGCGUUGCUUGCAUAUCCACGUCGAGAUUCCAGGUCACGUCGCUCGACAUUCUGUUUUUGUAUAGUACCGAUCGAAAAAGAUAACCCAGACGCAAAACAACAUAGAUAUACCCACUGUCCAGGGCAGCACCAAAGAGGGGCAUGACAUGAGACUUCAAUGAUUGCAGUAACGACACUACACGAACAAGGCGCGUCGGGUGACUACACCACGACUGAUAAAUAAAGGCCAAGGAAACCUUCUAGGGUGGGCAGACCGCUACUCACCAUGUCAGGGUCGGAUAGCAAGGCACGCCAAUCCUCCGGCGGCAAGUCUUUCUUCUCGAGGAGCAGCAAGAAGGACAGGAGGCAGGACAGCGACGAAUUCGGGUCGGAAUUCCAGGACAAGGGAUCGGUUGCAUCGAGAACCUCGCGGCACGCUCGAGGCAUCUCGAUUGCCUCGGUUGACCAGCUCCCGUCACCAACUACAGAUUCAAUGUCUGGCGUUAUAUCGUCGAUGCCAUACGACCAUGCGCCCGAUGGACGCUCACCGAUACCGGUUGAUUAUCUUCCGAGGGGUGACCAAAUGCCCAUGCGGAGAGAUCCGCAACCACAUCACUUGAAUAUGGGCGGUUCGGACUACCACCACUAUCCAGUCUUCGAUCCAUCGAGCGGGCAUAACCAACAAAACAGUUCGACGCAUGUCCUCUCCGGGCCGCGACCUCCUCCGAAUUCUGCAAAUAUUACAAUGGCGUCGACGGGGAAUAGGAUGACACAACUACAGCAAUGGGGACCCGGUGGGGCACAACGGCCUGGUAGCUCGAAUGCGAAUCAUAAUCCACGAUACGACUCCUACUCGACAUACUCGACGAACAAUUCCGCUGCGUAUCCUCGGCAAUCUUUUGAUCAGCAGAGUGUGGGCUCUGCAGCUGAGAGGGCGAGCGUAUUCUCCUCGAAUGGCUCGUCAAGGACUGUACAGCCGUCGGCCUCGCAGACCUCCCUAGCACCAUCACAAGCCUCGAGUCGAGACUCGCAUCGGGCCACUAAAAUGCCAUACCAUCGACCAGAUACCAUGAUGCAAUCACCGUCAAACUUCGACGUUACAAAGCCGGCAGAUGAGCGGGUCAUUGAGCAGCAGUUUUUGGCUCUGAUGCAGAAGCGAGGAUGGCAUAAUCUACCGGACCAGGCACGGCGUCAGAUGUUGGCCUAUCCGCCCGGGAAGAAGUGGACACUUGUAUAUCAGGAUCGCCUUACGGAAUGGCAGGGGGAGCAGAAGCGGCGGACAACUGCGAGGCAGUCGGGCAUAUAUGGACAGGCGGAGAUAAUGCUGGCCAACGCCGACGAGGAGGGAACGCCGGAAUGGUUUGUCCGGAAGGUGAUGGAUAACAGCAUUACGCAGAAGCAGUUGGCUAGUUUGGCUGUUAGUCUACGGACGCAGCCGAUCAGCUGGGUUAAAACUUUCGUCGAAUGCCAGGGCCAGGUCGCACUGACGAAUGUGCUUGGGAAGAUCAACCGCAGGCAGGCUAAUGGACCAGCGCCUGCUGAUGGGAAUACCAGCGACAAGGAUUUGGAUCGGGAGUACGAUAUCCUGAAGUGCUUGAAGGCUCUCUUGAACAACAAGUAUGGCGCUGAUGAUGCGCUUCAGCACCAGCAAGUCAUUGUUGCGCUGGCGACUUCCUUGAUCUCGCCGAGGCUCACGACCAGAAAGCUUGUGAGUGAGAUGUUAACGUUCUUGUGCCAUUGGGGCGAGGGCGAAGGACAUCUCCGCGUAAUUCAAGCCAUGGACCAUGUGAAGAACCAGAUGGGCGAGAAUGGCCGGUUCGACGCAUGGAUGCGGAUAGUCGAAGUCACCAUCGAUGGCCGAGGGAAGAUGGGCAGUCUCGUCGGCGCCAGCGAGGAAGUCCGUAGCGGCGGAAUCGGCAUGGAGAAUCUGCUCAUGGAAUACGCCGUUGCGACCCUCGUCUUGCUCAACAUGACCAUCGACGCGCCGGACAAGGACCUGCAGCUACGGGUGCACAUCCGCGCGCAGUUCACGGCAUGCGGGAUCAAGCGGAUCCUGACGAAGAUGGAGGGCUUCCAGUACGAGUAUAUCGACAAGCAGAUUGAGAAGUUCCGGCAGAACGAGGCCAUCGACUAUGAGGACCUCCUGGAGCGAGAGAACAGUGGCAUGAAAGAUGGCGAGGAGCCGGAGGUUCAAGAUCUUAGUGACCCGACGCAGAUUGUAAAUGCAAUCAUGCAGAAGGUCAAUGGGAGCCGGACGCAGGAUUACUUUGUCUCUGCGCUGCAGCAUCUCCUGCUCAUCAGAGACAAUGAUGGCGAGGAGCGGCUGCGGAUGUUCCAGCUGGUCGACUCGAUGCUCAGUUACGUCGCUAUGGACCGGAGGCUUCCGGACAUGGACCUCAAGCAGUCUCUCAAUUUCACCGUGCAGAGCUUGCUCGACAAGUUGCACACUGACUCAGAAGCGCGACAGGCGCUGGAUGAGGCCCAAGAGGCGCGCCAGGUUGCGGAUGCCGCGAUGGCGGAGCGCGACGAGGCGAAGGCGCAGAUCGAGCUCGGCGCCGAUGGCCUGGUCGCGAAGCUGCAGAGGCAGCUCGACGAGCAGGCGCAGGUCAUUGAGGUGCAGCGUCGCCAGGCGGACGGACUGAAGAGCGAGCUGGAGAAUAUGCACUCUGUCCGCGCCAAGGAGUCGCAGCGCAAUGAGCUGGAGACGAGAGAGCUCUACCUUAUGCUCCGCGAUGCGCAGGAUAUUGCUGCGUCGAAGGGGACGAAGAACGGGCUUGGCGAGUCGGAUCCUCAGCAUAUGAAGGGCAUACUUGAUAGGGAGAGGCUGAUGGAUCGCCUUGAGAUGCAGCUGCAGCGCCAGAAGACGCAGUAUAAGCUGGAGGGCAGGGUAUGGGGCGCGGAUAAUGGACCGUCUGAUCGUCUGCGUGCGCUACGUGAGGAGAUGGAUGGCGGAGAUGCAAUUCUCGGUUCGACGCAGCCGGCGGAUCUCACUAAUAGCGUGCUUGGGAGCGUCUCGAGGUCGACGAGGAUACAGAGGAAGCCUGUCGAUUCGCAUGCUGACCUGGCUGAGUCGGAUAGAGAGGACGACAACGCGGUGUUUGAGAAGCCGAGAGUGGUUGAGCUGAGGCGGCCGAGAGUGCAGGGCUCGAAGAAUGUUGUACCAGUAGUGGGAGCUAGUGAAGACGAGGACGAUGGAAUCACCACUGGGCCAUCUCAUACAAGCCUCGAGUCUCAGUCACCGAAGACGCCUAGUGAUGAAGACGCACAAAAGGUGGUUACGACAGGGUUCAAUGGACCACCGCCGCCUCCACCUCCCCCUCCACCACCUAUGCCUGGCCAGGCUGCUGGUGGAUUUAACGGUCCACCACCACCUCCGCCGCCGCCUCCUCCACCACCACCAGGAAUGGGUGGUGGUGGCUUCUUGGGACCACCGCCGCCUCCACCUCCUCCACCACCACCUAUGCCUGGCCAGGCUGCUGGUGGAUUCAACGGUCCACCACCGCCGCCGCCGCCUGGAGCACCUGGAAUACCUGGGGCGCCUCCACUACCUGGCGCCAUGGGGCCACCUCCUCCGCCUCCGUUGCCCGGACACAAUUCCGGUAACUUCCUUCCGCGGCCGCAGUUCUCUACAGUCCCGACCCUGGGCCUGCCCGUGGCGCGCCCGAAGAAGAAGCUCAAGGCGCUGCAUUGGGAGAAGGUUGAUACUCCUCUGACGACGCAUUGGGCGGCGCACGCGCCGACGCCGGCGGAGAAGGAGGAGAAGUAUGCGGAGCUGACGAGGAAGGGUGUUCUUGAUGAGGUUGAGAAGCUGUUCAUGGCGAAGGAGAUUAAGAAGAUUGGCAAGACGAGCGGGAAUAAGACUGCGAAGAAGCAGAUUAUCUCCAGCGACUUGGCUAGGACGUUCCAAAUCUCCCUCUCCAAGUUCUCGGCGUACUCGGUUGAGAAAGUUGUUCAGAUGAUAAUCCACUGCGACACUGAGGUAUUGGAUAACACAGUUGUGAUGGAGUUCUUGCAGAAGGACGACCUGUGCAAUAUCCCCGACAAUACAACCAAGCUCAUGGCUCCGUAUAGCAAGGACUGGACGGGUCCGGAAGCGAACAAGGAGACCCGUGAGAUGGACCCUGAAGAGUUGACGAGAGAGGAUCAGAUCUACCUACAGACCGCAUUCGAGCUGCACCAUUACUGGAAGUCGAGGAUACGUGCGCUGGCUCUUACGAGAACAUAUGAGGCCGAGUACGAGGACGUCUCGACCAAGCUUCGCCAGGUCGUUACUGUGUCCGAAUCCCUCCGCGAUUCCGUGUCGCUGAUGAAUGUUCUUGGUCUGAUUCUCGACAUCGGUAACUACAUGAACGACUCCAACAAGCAAGCUAGUGGUUUCAAGCUUAGUUCGCUGGCCCGUCUGGGUAUGGUCAAGGAUGAGAAGAACGAGUCCACCUUUGCCGACCUGGUCGAGCGUAUCGUCCGCACACAGUACCCCGAGUGGGAGAACUUCACCGACGACAUUGGCGGCGUCGUCACCGCGCAGAAGCUCAACGUCGAGCAGCUCCGCACCGACGCCAAGAAGUACAUCGACAACAUCCGCAACGUGCAAAUGUCUCUCGACUCCGGCAACCUCAGCGACGCGAAGAAAUUCCACCCCCAAGACCGCGUCUCGCAAGUGGUCCUGCGCUCCAUGAAAGAAGCGCGCCGCAAGGCCGAGCAGAUGCAGCUCUACCUCGAGGACAUGGUCAGCACCUACGACGACAUCAUGGUAUUCUACGGCGAGGACAGCUCGGAUGAGAACGCACGCCGCGACUUCUUCUCCAAGCUCGCCACCUUCGUGACGGAGUGGAAGCGCUCGCGCGACAAGAACAUCAGCCUCGAGGAAACCCGCCGCAAGAACGACGUGAGCAUGAAGCGCAAGAACGCCAUGCUCCUCAAGGUCAACAGCGGCACCCUCGCCGACGGGAGCAGCGCACCGCCCUCCCCCUCCUCAGCAGGCGCCAUGGACUCGCUCCUCGAGAAGCUGCGCGCGGCCGCGCCGCAGGUCCGCGAUCAGCGCGAUCGUAGACGCCGCGCGAGGUUGCAGAAUAAACAUCAGGUGCGCGUUGCGUCUGGUCAGAAGAUUCCCGAUUUCGACGAGAUUUCAGAGCUAGAAGCGGGCCUGCAGAGCCUGGAGAGCAUGGCGAGCGAGGCGCUGGCGGGCGAGUCGUCACCUGCGCCUUCUGGGGCGGCGGAGGAGGGUGGCGGCUCGGAUGAUGUUGCGGCAAGGGCUGCGCUGUUGUUGCAGGGGAUGCGAGGGGUGGAGGGGGAGGAUGCGGAGGGUGCGGAGAGGAGGGAUAGUGCGAGGAGGAGUCGGAGGAGGGAUACGGCGGAGGAGGAGAGGAAGACGAGGAGGAGACGCAGGGAGAGGGCGGGGACGAGUGGUGUGGCGGGGGAGGGGGAGGCGAUUGUGGAGGAUGAGGAGGAGGAGGAGAGUCCUGCGACGGCGGGGAGUGGGGGGGUUCCGGUGACGGUGGUGAGGCCGCCGACGCCGGAGGGGAGUCAGGGGAGGCCGAUUGAGUUGGAUGAUUAGAGGGGUGUAUACUUAGGUAAUGGUGGGUGGGGGGUUAGAUUGGAUUGAUAUGGCAUGAGGAGGGUUGGCAUGGGGUACGGCAUGGAAAGAUAGGGGGGUUGUUAUAUAGUAGUUGUGCGACUUAGGGACGCGGGCGCUUGUAUGUAUGCGCAACAGUGGGUUUGGCGUUUGGGAAGGGGCUUGGAAAGGAAAGCCUGCGUGCUGCUUUUUUGUUGUCUAUGGGGGGAUGAUAAUAUGCGUUUAGUCGGUUUUUGUAAUGCAGAGAGUUUGAACUUCCAGGGGUUUUGAGUUUG